ACUAUAUCUUCAUCCUAAAAAUAUUCAAUAAUAAAAACAAUGAUGAAGGUGCUUGAGCACAAUUAUCCGUUGAAGCUCAUUGAUUUGCAGCAGGUGAAGAAUGAAGAUGUAGAGGAAUCUGAAGAGGAGGAUGAGGAGAAGGAUUUGGUUCCACAAGAUGAGUUUUCAUGUAUUUGUAAGCGGUGCGACGAAGUUAUCAACGAGUAUUAUAGGUACUACUAUAAAUGCACAAAUGAUUUAUGUGAUUUCUCUCUUCAUAAAUUCUGUGCUGAGGUCCCAACAACAUUAGAACACACAUCACACCCACAUCGCCUUACCCUCUAUAAAUAUAUCGACUUCGAGUGGAGAUGUUUGUAUUGUCAAAGACAACACAAGGUAGGUGAGGUAGGCUAUUUAUGUUCUGAUUGUGGUUGGUGGAAAGUUAAUAUUGAUGUAAAUUGUGUUGUGGAAGUAGAGAAAAGGAGGAUCUACCACCCUAGCCAUCCACACCCACUGGUGUCUCCAAUCCCUAGCCCCAUUUUAUGUUUGUGUCAGGCUUGUGGGAAAACACAUAAAGGCAUCUUCUUUCUAUGUACCACAUGUCCUUACUUCACCAUACACGCAGAUUGUAUCUUCCUACCAAAAAGUUUGUUAAUUCAACAAACUACAAAUGGCAUUUUCCGCCAUACCCAUCCACUCACCCUUUCAUACUCCUUCCCAGAAGCAGAGCAAAGAGCUAAAUAUUUUCCUAACUGUAGAGUAUGCAAUCGCUCGUUUGAUCCCUAUAUGGAGAAUCUUUGGAUUUACAAAUGCGAGAAAUGUAUUUACUAUGUCCAUCUAGAUUGUGCAACAUCAGCAUCAAGAAGAGAGCCAUUUAUGUCCAUUUUGUCUAUUGGCGGAGGUCAAAGCAUUAAAAAUUUUAAAGAUGUCGACUAUCCUAAUCUUCUGCGUCUACCAUUUCCUGAUCAAACUUACAGCUUACCGAAACAUUUAUUUUUCAAAGCUCCUGGACCCACCACUUAUGUUACUGCUGAGGUAAGCCUACAACAUUUCAAUCAUGAGCAUGAAUUAAUUUUAGUUGACACAGAAAGCAUUGGGUCAACAUCCAAUGAAUCGAUCAUGUGUCAUAACCCGAUGAAAAAGAUAGAACUCUUAUGCAACGCAUGUGUAAGACCAAUCACAGAGACGCCGUUCUACAAGUGCAACGCUAGUGAAGAUGAGAGAUGCAACUUUGCUCUUCAUGAGUGGUGUACUCGGUUGCCAACCAAACUAGACAACCACCCAGGUCACCCACAACAUACCCUCUUUCUAAUGUCAAAUGCACCACAUGGGUUUUUCAACAUAUAUGAUUGCGGAGUUUGUUGCCUACCUUGCAAUGGCUAUGCUUAUGGUUGUGUCAGAUGUAGAUUUUACAUUGAUGUUAACUGUGGGCUUAUGCCAGAAAAAAUCACACAUGAAUCUCACCCAAAUCAUCUUCUUUCAAUAGUCGAUAAGAGUCUGGGCAACGAAUGUCUUGUGUGUUCUAAUCAGGUGCGUUAUAGACUGAGUUUUGGUUGCAGCACUUGUAAUGUACAAAUACAUCCAGCGUGUGCUUUGCUGUUGCCUAGGACAAUUAGGCACCCGUAUGACAAACAUCCAAUGCACUUGAGUUACCUUCCAAUUGAAAACCACAAAAGUGAAUACUUUUGUGAAAUUUGUGAGGAGGGAUUGAAUCCUCAUAAGGGUUUCUAUCAUUGCGAUAUGUGUAGUCAAUCAGUGCAUACUGAUUGUGCUCCUUUAAUACUUCAAAGUGAAACAGAGACCCAUUCUAACUAUCAUUACUCAUACAUAAGCAAAGUCUAUUCGUUUUCAAAUGUGAAGUUUGGGAGCAUCCAUAAGACUGCCAAUCACCCACAUCCUCUAUUGUUAGCCCCAGGGAUUGCGAAUGAUGGUAAAUGCAGCGUGUGUUCUUCAAGAUUACGCUACAUGAUAAUACUUAGGUGUCUUGAGUGCCCUUUUGCAAUUCAUGAACGUUGUUUCAAACGCUUGAACAAGUCAUGAAGGUGUUGGUUUCAUCUUCCACAUGCUUUGAAAACACAAGACAGGCAGCCUAUCUUAUCUCCAUUUCCAGUUACCAGUUGAAUAAGGAGUCAAUAGAUUCUAUGAUAUGAUAUGUAAAUGUCACUACUCUUUCUUGUUUUUUUUUUCGUGUGAAGUGAUGCAAUAAAAUGUAUUCGUGUGUUCA